GCACUGGCUCACGCUAGCAAGAAGAAGCGAACGCUCUAGCUCAGUUUGCCACAAUCACAAUUUCAUUCUUUAGUUUUUUGGUUUCUCGUUUAAUACAAAACAAAUGCAAGCAAGUGCAAAGCCACAGCAGACCACAACACACCCAGUUGCAUAAAUUGUACGUCAAUUAUAGAUCUGCACACAAUAAUACAAGACUUUCAGUUAUUCACCGAAUGCCAUACUCACCACAACAAAAUCAACCGAUGACCGAGCUACGUACACACAAAUAAUAUACUUACAAAAAUAAAUUGAUACGUACAGACGUGGGUGAAGGAACAGCAACCAAACUGAAACCGAAUUUCAAUCCGUAACCAAUUCUUCCAAGGCAGCAGCUGUGCAAACACACACACACACACGCACGCAGGCACACGCACACGUAGCUCAACUACACCCACUAUAUAUAUAUAAUUAUAUAUAUAGAAAACCACCGACUGUGCACAAAUGGAUAUAUCAGCAUCAACUUCAAGCGACUCGACAAUGGGAACACCAGAACAGAAGAGCAAAUCGUAUAUUGGCGAUAGCACGUUCUAUGACAGCGCCCUGGAUCAUCAGCUAUCCCCAGCGACAGCAAAUUAUAAAUCCUGCAAUGAAAGCCUAAACGGAGACUUCAAUCAGAGUGCAGGACAGACAAGUUUUGGCCACAAAGUGCUGAAUGCUGAGAAUUUCGAUGUCCACAAUGGAAACGGAAACGGAAAUGGCAAUUUAGAGGAAAUAGCGGCUUUUAACACCUAUGGUGUGCCGUCUUCUGUCUCCCAUUCAUCAAAUGCUGCAGCAAUCAAUGCCAGCAUGCUGCUGCUGCAAUCAGAGAGCACCGAUACAAACACCUCACAGGAGGAGGUCGAUCCAAAGUCUCAGCUGGCCAAUAAGACAAUAUUUAAGACCGAUAAUCCCAAUUUGUCAAUUAUAGAAAUAAAUGAGAAUUCCAUUAAGGAGGAAGAUCUCGAGAAGGAGGUGGUACUAAUUGAGCAACUCUCCACCGACGAUAACAAUGAGGCCGUCGAGAAGGUCAAAAACAUAUUGAAAAAGUCACCCAACAAGGUUGCCGACAAUGCCACAGACAAGAGACGCCGCAAAGCCGACACCCUGCUGCAGUCCAGCAAACAAAAACUGGACAUAUCAAUAGCUGAGGCAUCUGCAGCAGCGGAUGGAGUUAACGAUCGGCAACUGCAGUUGGCGCAGCCGACUGUGGCCGUCAUCGAUCAACCGCAAACUAAACGUGAAAUUGUGAUCUACGAUACUUUGGAGGAAUUCGAUCAAAAUUUACCCUCAACUGUGACCCUAUUGAAUACACCGUUUGGCAGUAAGGUCUACUUGGUGGGCACGGCGCAUUUCAGCGAGGAAUCACAGGAUGACGUCUCUUAUGUCAUUCGCAAUGUCCGUCCAGAUGUGGUCAUGGUGGAGCUAUGUCCCUCCCGUGUACACAUACUCAAACUCGAUGAGAAGACGCUGCUGGAGGAGGCCAAGAAUAUCAAUAUACCCAAGAUACGUGGCAUUCUGCAGACCCAUGGCUAUAUCAAUGGCAUCUUCUUUAUUCUGCUGCUGCAGAUGAGUGCACAAAUUGCCAAGGAUUUGGGCAUGGCACCGGGCGGUGAGUUUCGUCGCGCCUUCGAGGAGAUACACAAGCUGCCCGGCUGCAUUUUGCAUUUGGGCGAUCGACCUAUACGCAUCACACUUUAUCGUGCUCUGCGCGCUCUGUCGUUGUGGCAGACCAUGAAGCUGGUGUGGCGUCUGACCUUCACGGACAGCAUCAGCAUCGAGGAGGUGGAGGAGUGCAAGAAGCAAGAUCUGCUUGAGAAACUUAUGCAGGAAAUGGCUGGCGAGUUUCCAGCCUUCUCAGAUGUAUUUGUACGCGAACGUGAUCUCUAUUUGUGUCACUCGUUGCAAUUGGCGGCAUUGCCGCAAGCGGCACCCGGUGCCCAUCAGGUGCGUCCCGUCCGAGUCGUUGGCGUAGUUGGCAUCGGACAUGCCAAUGGCAUUGCCAAGAUGUGGGGCCAAGUCGAUCCCGAGAAGAUACCAGCCAUACUAGAAAUACCACAGGCCAGCCUCAGUCAGCGGCUGUGUAAGAAUACAUUAAAGUAUGGACUCCUCGGACUGGGCGUCUAUGGCGCCUUUCGUUUCAUGCGGCCGCGUCUGACGCGUUUCUUUUAACUUUCAUUCAGAUGCAUGUUUUUCUAUAUAUAUUUGUUGAAUUUAUUUUCGUUAUUAAGUGACAAGCCCGGCACCACUUGAAAUGGGCAUUGAAGACAUGAUAAGUAUUGUCAGUAGUACUUGAUGCUUUUGAUAGAAAGUGUUUAUACGCAAUCACAAAUAUAAAUAUAUAUGUAUAUGUACACAUAUAUGUAUAUACUAUGUGU